GUGAAAGCCUCGUCAGCGAGGAAGAGGGGACCGCGAAAUCUCAGCCCAGAAAAUGAGGAGCGGAAAAGCACGUUGACCUGGUAGGAAAUCUGCGUUACUUCUCAAGAUUCGACCAUUUUGAAGGAACACUGGUGGGUCCAUAUAUCCUCCGAUCGGUCGUGCACGCCGCCUGUCUACCCCCUUCCGGAUUGCUGACAAGGCAUCAACCUCGCCAAGAUGAAGAGCUGGAGAUUGCUCACAAUCAAGCAGGUGGAAAUGCUGAAGACACAUCGAUAUGUGCUGGAGGGGCAAACCCUUUUAGAUCCCCCGUUGCAGGUGCUAUGGUGCUGGCUGGGCAACAUGCUUUCUUCGAAGAUUAACGGCAAUCUUAUCACGAUAAUUGGCCUGGUGCUCAACACGUCUAGCUUCAUCGUACUCAUGUAUUACUCUCCUACGGCUACCAGUGAGGUUCCAGGAUGGGCAUGUGGUAUGGCCGCAAUCACUGUUUUCCUGUAUCAAAUCUGCGACGCUUUAGACGGAAAGCAGUGUUACCGCUGGCUGACCAACAAAAUGGACUAUAGCCUGCCAGAGUUAGUCGACCAUGCAAGCGACUCUGUUUCCACAGUCUUUGUGACCAUUGAGUUGGCAAUCUGCAUGCGGCUUGGUCAUCGACCAGACCUGUUCCUGACUCUGAUGUUUUCGGCGAUGUUUAUGUUCUACACAGCCCAUUGGCAGACUUACAUAUCUGGGGUGGUCAGGUUUGGAACACUGGACGUCACGGAGUCGGAGCUGGCACUUUGCUUUGGUUUCCUCCUAACAGCGAUCCUUGGGCAACAGUUCUGGGUCCAAAAGGUGUUUGGGAUGGAGUGGAGAGGGAUGAUAGUGCUUGCUGUGGCUUUGAUGGGUGCCAUCAAAUUCAUCAAUCAUGCCAUAUAUAUCUGGAGACGAGGACACAGAUUGACAACUGGGGGCACCAGCGUUUUAUCACCACUAAUGGGCAUCUCUACCAUUUUCUUUCUGGCUGUUGUUACCAAGGCAACUACAAAUUUGUUUGACCACCAGCCCUGCAUCUUUCUCAUAGUGUUUGCCCUGCUGGAAGCCAAGAUGUCCAACAAACUCAUAAUUGCUUACAUGACAAAGUCUGAGUUGACUCAAUUGGAUUCCAUUUUGCUUGGGCCAAUUGUCCUUCUCGCCAACCAACUCCUGGGAAAUCCUCUCUCUGGACACAUCUUGCUGUGGGCCACCCUGGUUUACGCUGCAACAGAUUUGUUCAUCUAUUUGAGAAAAGCUAUCCUUGAUAUUUGUGACCUGCUUGAUCAGCCGUUCAUUUCACGGUACCCAAUCAAAGAUACAGCCAAUGGCAAUGGAUGUAGUGAUGGAGAAGCUGUACACGCAGUGCAAGGACCUUCAGCUAAGAAAAGGUGAAUGAAAAAUCAUGGCAGCGGUAGGAUAUGUCAUACAAGCUGACUCCUGCUGUAGUGGAAAGGAAAGGUUAGGUGUGGAAGCACCAAAGGAAGGUCAGGAAAAACAAUCAUUAGAGGGGGAAGAGGUCAAAAAUUAUAGCAAUAGAAAAAUUUCUAGUUAAAAAUACUUAUCUCUGAUAUUGGAGCUUCCAUGUAUAGUAUCAUGCAUUAAAAGUAGUUGUUUAUGCAUUAAUUAAGUCAGGUUUACACAUUUUCGGAGUAUGGCAACAAUUGUCAAUAGAAGCCUCGAAUGCAGAGUCUUGAGAGCAUUUAAAGAAAUAGUUAGCCUCCAUUUCCUAUUUACCAGAAUAACAUAAAAAUAAAGCAAAUAAUCAAGACCUAGGUACAAAUUGGUAGUGAUGUCAGACCAAAUCAAGCUGAGCGAUUUAUGCAGUUCAUGCAGAAUAUGAGUGAAAUGUAGCAAUUUUCUCCCAAACAGUACAUGAAUAACUCCAGAAGUGUCCUCAAUGAUCCAGAAGUAAGCCAAUUUCAUCAGUCCUGUUGCCAGGUUCAGACAUUAACGGGUGCAACUGGCCAGGGGGGGCCACAUCACAAGAACAAAUUUGUUUAUGCUGAUACUUUUUAGCGAUAAGGGGCCAGCUUUGUGCCUGAGCGGGUAGGGGUGGCUGCCUUGCCCCCCUCCAUUUGCAACUGACUUAAACUUUAUUACAAGUAUAACAAAACAAAGACGUAAUAAGCCCUUUAACCACAAACUGAAAUUUGUUCUUGAAUUGCCCCCAACAAUUUAAAUGCAUCUUGAUUCGAAACAAUUCUUCAUCCCAAGGCAGCCAAAAACCAUUCCUUGGUUUAUUAAAAAAUUGGUGAUUCAGUGACUCGGCUUGAAAAUCGGGAAUGAGUGCACCAAGCUGAAUGUGGACUUUGAAUACGUAAUUCCAACUAUUUUGUAAUAAUUUCAAUAGAUUCCGUCAUAUUUUUAUUUUAUGUUUAUGAUAUCCAUUACUUAACCUACAUGUGUUUUUUCAUUUGUGCACUUUAUUGUAGUUGAUAGGUUUAGAUAAUGAGACUUGCAUGUACUGUAUGGUUAGUGGCAGUUGUGGAAAAUUUUACUCAUGUACUUUUUAGUGAAAGCUACUGGCCAAGAAGUUGGGUGCUUGCAUGUUUGGUGCUUCUUUUUAACACUUUAUUCUGAAUUUAGAAGUUGGUUUGUUAGUGGGUGUAGCUGCCGGGUAAUAUUUUUUACUAGAUUAUCUAACAAAGAGAUUUUUAUUUGUUGCUUCAUGGUGGCAGCAGUAGGAUUUCACUGCUAUGGCAGUGAUGAGGAAGAGUUUAGCGUGGUAUUAGAUAUGGCAGCAGCAGAGGGCCGGGAAAUGUUUGAUUAAAAUUCGUGGUUUUUAGGUUGCAGUAGAAGUUAUGCUCAACCCGAAAGUCCUGUAUCCUCCAAUUUUAAAAUGGUUUUGCACACACUCUUGGGAAUUAGGGCUUAAUGUUCUUUCUAAUUAAUACAGAUGUUUAUGUUUUAUUGUACUACGUUAUACAGUUGACUCUCAUUAGAACUCUGUUAGAACAAAAUACAUGUAUCGCUAUAAGAGCAAAUUUUGAAAAUCUCAAUUUAUUGAAUGUUACGUUUUCUUUGAUUUUCCAGUCCUUUUAUUCCAAAGUCCUGAUCAUAGCAAAGUAAUCUGAAUUGUCCCAAUUUCGACUGUGUUGUAAUGGAACUUGACUGUACAUGUACAUUUCGUAGAACAUAGUCAAUGCAAUGUUACUUGGAAACUGUGGUUCCAGCAAUAGGGUAAAAUCCUCAUACUACUUCAAAAAUUACCAAGAUUUUCAUAAGCCUCAUUUGUGUUACAUUUUAUGAGUAGGCCGAGUAAACCUUCUUUUUUAUUUAAUGUGCAUUGUGUUUUAUCUUACCACUUUAUUCCUUCUUUGGAAUAGAGUUUUCAUUUUGAGUUUCCUUUAAAAAUCACCAAUUUUUAUUAUUGGCUAACCCCAUGUAAUUGUUAAUUUCUUGCAUAGAUUGAAAUUGUCUCUACAUUAAUAAAAAUGCAAGGCUAACCUUGUGCAGAUUUUAAUUCAGUGCAAAGAUGAAAAUUUUUUCAAAGUUAAUAAAAAUGUAAUACUCACCCACUUCAAAGAAAUGAAAAGCAAAAUUAACACAUGCAUGCACACAUACUUCCGCUUACAGAUAUUAACUUUAUCAGAAACCCUUAUUUUUUAAAGUUUAAUUUAAAAGGUGAAAAAUUGACUAAAAUGAAACACUAACCCCUCGCAGAUUUUUUUGCAAAGAUUUAUUUUUCUGUGACUUAAUUGAAUUGCAAGACUAACCCCUUGUUGAUUUUUAACUUUUUCGACAACCCCCAAAGUUUUUGAAAUUGAGUAGAAAUGCAAAGUUUACACCUGCCAAAUUUCAAUUUUUCAACCCCAAAACUUUCUGAAAUUGUAUUGAAUAUCCAGGCCAAUCCCAAAUAAAUGUGUUUUUUCCAAAAGACAAAUUUACUGAAAUCUAAUUGAAAUGCAAGACUAACCCCUUGCAGAUAUUAAUUUUGCAACUGCCAAGUCUUCUGAAAUUUAUUUUUAAAUGCAAGAAUAACUCCUUACAGGUUUUCAUUUUUCAAAAAUCCAAAAGUUUGUGAAAUUUAACUUAAAUGCAAGACUAACCCCUUGCAAAAUCGCUAUAACAAAUCUACUAUCCCUUCAUACAUUGGCCAGGAUUUUAAUGUCAUGCUGUAGUUUUUAUGGCUAAUAGUUUAUCAGGAAAGAUUUCCAUGAGGAGCACUCUGAAUCUCACUUAGUUACCCUGUUGGCUCAUGGGGUUUAUAAUGUUGUUUUGGUGAUUCUGCUUUGAAUCACCUCCUUUUAUUGGAGUUUUGCGUGUAGGGUGACCUCCCCGAUUGGAUCUUUGUCUUCUUCUUGCUUUUAUAUUCUUAUAUUGAUAUCUGGAUUUUUUUAAAGUAACGUUGUAAUGUAAAGUUUAAUUGAUAUAAUUGUAAUUCGUAACAGAAAUUUGAAUUGGUUUUGGCCUUUGGCCACUGUGAUUCAAAUUUAAUAAACCAUAAUAAAUACAUGAAUAAA